UGUUUAGUUGCUGAUCAUCUGGGCUGUGAUCCUCAAACACGGUUCUUUGUCCCUCCUAACAUCAAGCAGUGGAUUGCCUUGCUGCAGAGGGGAAAUUGCACGUUUAAAGAGAAAAUAUCACGGGCUGCUUUCCACAAUGCAGUGGCCGUGGUCAUCUACAAUAAUAAAUCCAAAGAGGAGCCUGUCACCAUGACUCAUCCAGGCACUGGAGAUAUUAUUGCUGUCAUGAUUACAGAAUUGAGGGGUAAGGAUAUUUUGAGUUAUCUGGAGAAAAACAUCUCUGUACAAAUGACAAUAGCUGUUGGAACGCGAAUGCCGCCAAAGAACUUCAGCCGUGGCUCUCUAGUCUUCGUGUCAAUAUCCUUUAUUGUUUUGAUGAUUAUUUCUUCAGCAUGGCUCAUAUUCUACUUCAUUCAGAAGAUCAGGUACACGAACGCACGCGACAGGAACCAGCGUCGUCUUGGAGAUGCUGCCAAGAAAGCCAUCAGCAAAUUGACAACCAGAACAGUAAAAAAGGGUGACAAGGAAACAGACCCAGACUUUGAUCACUGCGCGGUCUGCAUCGAGAGCUAUAAGCAGAACGAUGUUGUCAGGAUUCUCCCAUGCAAGCAUGUUUUCCACAAAUCCUGCGUGGAUCCCUGGCUUAGUGAACACUGUACCUGUCCAAUGUGCAAACUUAAUAUUUUGAAGGCCCUGGGGAUUGUGCCAAAUUUGCCAUGUACUGAUAACAUAGCAUUUGAUAUGGAAAGGCUCACCAGAACCCAAGCAGCUAACCGAAGGUCAGCCCUAGGUGACCUCGCCAGUGACAACCCCCUCAGCCUGGAGCCACUUCGAACGUCGGGGAUCUCGCCUCUUCCUCAGGACGGGGAGCUCACUCCUAGAACGGGAGAGAUCAACAUUGCAGUAACAAAAGAAUGGUUUAUUAUUGCCAGUUUUGGCCUCCUCAGUGCUCUCACACUCUGCUACAUGAUCAUCAGAGCCACAGCUAGCUUGAAUGCUAAUGAGGUAGAGUGGUUUUGAAGAAGAAAAAAAAACUGCUUUCUGACUGAUUGCCUUGAAGGAAAAAAGAACCUAUUUUUGUGCAUCAUUUACCAAUCAUGCCAUACAAGCGUUUAUUUUUAGUACAUUUUAUUUUUUCAUAAAAUUGCUAAUGCCAAAGCUUUGUAUUAAAAUAAAUAAGUAAUAAAAUAAAGAGACCAUGCCGUUGAGUAUUAUUCCCCCACCUGUGUCCAGAAGGCCAGCUUGGAGACCACGCACCCCAGUUUCAUUCGUCUGUGUUUUCAGAGACAAAACUGUGCUCACGACUCCCCCACAGGAGAAAGUGACGCCGCUCCUGUUGGUAUUUCCACACUGGCGCCUCCUGGUGCCCGAAUACGGCCAGAGCAUGAGCACGCCCUGUGCAGUAGUGCCACCCGGGCACUCGGGGCAGCUACUCCCUUAGACUUGCUUCAAGGUCACCGUCCUCUCUGAUAAUCUUGCUCCACCAGAACGUCAGCCCCACGGCAACAGGGACAUUUACCUGUGUCACCUACCUCCAUAUCCCGCUUCCCCCGACCCCUGUGCUUAGUAGAGUGCUUUUUGCACAUAGUAAGUGCUCAAUAAAUACUUGUGGGAUGAA